CCCAGGCACGGAAGACACACCCAGGCUAUGGGGACUGGCUCGCCCAGCCCAGCCUAACGCAGCCUCCCACAGCCUUCCCUACAUCAGGGGCCAGAGGCAAAGACCUCCUAGCAGGAUGCUGCAGUUGAGCCUGUCCUGGCUGGGCCUCGGGCCAGUGGCAGCAUCCCUGUGGCUGCUCCGGCUGCUGACUGGGGGCUCCUGGCUCCUGGCCCGCGUCCUGGCCUGGACCUACACCUUCUAUGACAACUGCCGCUGCCUCCAGUGUUUCCUGCAGUCCCCGAAACAGAACUGGUUUUGGGGACACCAGGGCCUGGUCACCCCCACGGAAGAGGGCAUAAAGAAGUUCGUCGAGCUGGUGGCCACCCAGGGCUUUAAGUUGUGGCUGGGUCCUACCUUCCCCCUCCUCGUUUUAUGCCACCCUGACAUCAUCCGUUCUAUCACCAGUGCCUCAGCUGCUGUGGCACCCAAGGAUAUGAUUUUCUAUGACUUCAUGAAGGCUUGGCUGGGGGAUGGGCUCCUGCUAAGUGCUGGUGACAAGUGGAGCCGCCACCGUCGCAUGCUGACACCUGCCUUCCAUUUCAGCAUCCUGAAGCCUUAUAUGAAGAUUUUCAACAAGACUGUGAACAUCAUGCACGACAAGUGGCAGCACCUGGCCUUGGAGAGCAGUGCCAGACUGGACAUGUUUCAGCACAUCAGCCUUAUGGCCUUGGACAGUCCGCAGAAAUGUGUCUUCAGCUUUGAAAGCAGUUGUCAGGAGAAGCCCAGUGAAUACAUUGCCACCAUCUUGGAGCUCAAUGCAUUUGUAGAAAAAAGAAACCAGCAGAUUCUCUUGCACACGGACUUCCUGUAUCAUCUCACUCCUGAUGGGCAGCGCUUCCGCAGGGCCUGCCGCCUGGUGCAUGACUUCACAGAUGCCGUCGUCCAGGAGCGGCACCGAACCUUCCCCACUCAGGGUGUCGAUGAUUUCCUCAAGAACAAGGCAAAGUCCGAGACUUUGGACUUCAUUGAUGUGCUUCUGCUGAGCAAGGAUGAAGAUGGGAAGGAGUUGUCUGAUGAGGACAAAAGAGCAGAAGCUGACACCUUCAUGUUUGAGGGUGAGGGUCUCAGUCCAUGUGGUCUCUCCAGGAUCCUGUACCACCUCGCAAAGCACCCAGAAUACCAGGAAUGGUGCCGGCAAGAAGUGCAAGAGCUUCUGAAGGACCGUGAGUCUAUUGAGAUUGAACGGUGAGCGCAGGUGCUGGCCUGUUCCUGAUCUUUUCCCAUUGGUUCUGCUCCUCAGGUGGGGAGCGGGGGAGGAGUUGUUGGUUUUUGUCAAUUCUUCCAU